AUGUCUAGAAAUAGGGGUUUUUUCGGGCCACGUGGCCGCCCUAACGAUUUUCGUGGUUUUCAAGAACAGAAUUUUUAUGAGUAUCCGUACGGACCAGUCGAUAGGUUCCCAGCUUUUAGGGAAAGAUCGCCGAUCCGCCGGGACCCCAGGUAUCAGUACGAUUUUGAAGAGCAGUUCGUUACAAGAGAAGAGCAGUUCGUUCCAAGAGAAGAGCAGUACCGUCCAGAAGAAGAACCUCAGUUUUAUCAAGAGAGAGAGGAGGAUUUCUAUGAGUAUAGAUCGGAAGAUGAAGGAGGCUUGGAGAACGAUCAGAGAGAAAAUAAUCGGCCUUGGAGGCCACCUCGUCGUGUAGAGGUAUUGGAUGAAGCUCUUCCCCAACAGCAGCCAAUACAGCGUGAAACUCCUCCUCCUCAGCCAAGUCCGCGUCAUCCACCGCCGCAGCAGCAGCCACAGCAGCCACUUCCGCCAUCUCCCUCCCAGGUUUCGCCGUAUACAGUUUCAUCCCAGAUUUGCGACGAAAUUACUUCAUGGUUGACAAAAGGUAUGUCAGGGGAGGAGUCGAAAGCAAUCUCGAAACGUUUUCCUUUGAAAUUUGCCGAGGAAUCAUUUGAGAUUUGGCCGCCCAAGUUAGAUAAUUUCAUGCAGCGUCGAGCGAAGGACAAGGAGGUGCCAAGGAAUGUGAAUUGCGCGGAAGAAGUUUUAGUGGCGUUGCAGCAUAAUAUUUGUGACGUGGCUCCGCCACUUAUUGACUUGUAUGCGCGUGUAUUGGCUCUAGAAGAUGGAGAGAUCGCGGUUAAAGCAGCAAAAGAUUCAGUCAGGUCAACACUGCGUCAAUGA